UUCUUGAGAGAGCCACACUGUUCCACUGCUGGGACCCGAAAUCGCAGAUCGAACGAUAUCGAAAAUCUCCUGGAUUGAAUCUUGACUAUUGAGAAAUUGACUCGGUUGAUUUUUCAAGAUGAAAUGUUGAUCGUCAUCGAAUAUCAAUCAACGCAGAUCAAUUUCUCAUCAUCUUCCUCUGGAAUUGAAUGAAAAUCGAAGCCGGAGUUCAAGUCUCUGAUCUUGUGGAGUGUGGAAAUUGUUAGCUAAAAUGGCCUUCUCCUCCUUCACCCGCGGCGGCAGCGGUCGUCGAGGAGGUUGGGCCAGCUCUAUCCUUCCUUCCUCCACCACUUCACCAAAUGCUAAACAGAAGCACGUCCGGAAGUUCCGUCGGCGGCUUGCUGUUCGUGAUUUUAUCUUCGCUAAUUUCUUCACCAUCGGCUUUUUGAUCUCCUUAAUUUUCUUCUUCAUCGUUCUUCUCCGUUACGGUGUUCCGAAACCGAUUUCGUCUCACUUCAGAUCACAUGCCACAAGAUCCCACCGGCCGCGCAGGCCAAUCGUGUCCGAGAAUUGGAACAGGGAGGUUUUGAGUGCUAAUGUGGAUAUUACGACCAAGGAAUUAUACGACAAGAUUGAGUUUCUUGACGUCGAUGGCGGUCCUUGGAAGCAAGGAUGGAAGGUGACCUACAAUGGGGACGAGUGGGAUUCGGAGAAAUUGAAGGUUUUCGUGGUGCCUCAUUCGCAUAACGAUCCUGGUUGGAAGCUAACUGUGGACGAGUACUACGAGAGGCAGUCUCGCCGUAUACUUGAUACGAUCGUUGAAGCGCUUUCAAAGGACUCUCGGCGGAAGUUUAUAUGGGAAGAGAUGUCUUAUCUGGAGAAAUGGUGGAGGGAUGCAUCAGACGAGAAAAGAGAAGCAUUCGUCACUUUAGUUAAAAAUGGGCAGCUAGAAAUCGUGGGAGGUGGCUGGGUGAUGAACGAUGAGGCCAAUUCACAUUAUUUCGCUAUAAUUGAGCAGAUGGCAGAGGGGAACAUGUGGUUGAAUGAGACCAUUGGCGUUGUUCCGAAAAACUCUUGGGCAAUAGAUCCAUUUGGUUAUUCACCCACGAUGGCAUAUCUUCUACGUCGCAUGGGCUUUGAGAACAUGCUUAUACAGAGGACUCAUUAUGAGCUGAAGAAGGAACUUGCAUUGCACAAAAAUCUAGAAUUCACUUGGCGACAGAGCUGGGAUGCAGAAGAAACUACUGACAUUUUUGUGCACAUGAUGCCUUUUUAUUCUUAUGAUAUUCCACAUACUUGUGGACCGGAGCCUGCCAUUUGUUGUCAGUUUGACUUUGCUCGAUCACGUGGUUCUAUAUAUGAACUAUGUCCCUGGAGACUAGAUCCUGUUGAGAUCAACAGAGAAAAUGUUCAGGAGAGGGCAAUGAUGUUACUUGAUCAGUAUAGAAAGAAAUCAGUACUAUAUAGGACAAAUACCCUUCUUAUUCCUCUUGGAGAUGAUUUUCGAUACAUAACCAUUGAUGAAGCAGAGGCUCAGUUUAAGAAUUACCAGUUGUUAUUUGAUCAUAUUAAUUCUAAUCCAAGUUUAAAUGCUGAGGCAAAGUUUGGCACCUUGGAAGACUACUUUCGAACUCUUCGUGAUGAGGCUGAAAAGAUUAAUUAUUCACUUCCUGGUGAAGUUGGCUCCAGUCAGAUCAGUGGUUUUCCCUCUUUGUCAGGUGACUUCUUCACUUAUUCUGAUAGACAACAGGACUAUUGGAGUGGGUAUUAUGUGUCUAGGCCUUUCUUUAAGGCUGUUGAUCGUGUACUGGAGCAAACACUUCGUGCAGCCGAAAUGAUGUUAGCUUUAUUGCUUGGUCAUUGCCAGAGGUCUCAAUGUGAGAAGUUUCCUAUUGGGUUUUCCUACAAGUUGACAGCUGCGAGAAGGAAUUUAGCUCUUUUUCAGCAUCAUGAUGGGGUCACUGGUACUGCAAAAGAUCACGUUGUACGUGAUUACGGGCUUCGGAUGCACACCUCUUUACAGGAUCUGCACAUUUUCAUGUCUAAAGGUAUUGAAGUACUACUUGGAAUUCGUCAUGAGAAAUCUGAUCACAAUUCUUUACAGUUCGAAACCGAACAGAUGAGAUCUAAAUAUGAUGUCCAACCUGUACAUAGAGCAAUCGACCUUCAAAUAGAAAGUUAUCAAUCAGUGGUUUUUUUUAAUCCUCUAGAGCAAACAAGGGAAGAGGUUGUGAUGAUUAUUGUCAACAUGACAGAUGUUUCUGUAUUGGACUCAAACUGGACAUGUCUUGAAAGCCAGGUUUCUCCUGAAUUUCAACAUGACAAAGCCAAGGCUUUUACUGGGAGGCAUCGUCUCCAUUGGAAAAUUUCGGUUCCUGCAUUGGGACUGCAAACCUAUUACAUCGCAAAUGGCUUAUUUGGUUGCGAAAAGCCAAAACCCGCCAAACUAAAUUUCUUCUCGAAGUCUACUUCAUUACCUUGCCCUACUCCGUAUGUAUGCUCUAAGGCAGACGGUGACGUGGCCGAAAUCCAGAACCAGCACCAAUCUCUCGUAUUUGAUGUCAAUCAUGGUUUGCUGCAGAAAGUUAUUAAAAAAAGUGGUUCACAAAAUGUUGUGAAUGAAGAAAUUGCAAUGUACUCAAGUUUGGGAAGUGGGGCGUACCUAUUCAAUCCCAUUGGUGAUGCCAAAUCUAUCAUUGAAGCAGGUGGAUUGACCGUGAUCGUCGAGGGCCCUCUGAUGCAGGAAGUUUACUCUUAUCCAAAAACAGAAUGGGAGAAAUCCCCCAUUUCUCAUAGCACUCGUUUAUACAGUGGGGACGAUAGAAUUCAGGGGCAUAUAAUUGAGAAGGAGUAUCAUGUUGAGCUACUUGGAAAGGAAUUUGACGACAGGGAACUGAUAGUCAGAUACAAGACAGAUGUUGACAACAAGAGGAUAUAUUAUUCUGAUUUGAAUGGUUUUCAAAUGAGUCGAAGAGAGUCUUAUGAUAAAAUUCCGCUGCAGGGAAAUUAUUAUCCAAUGCCUUCUCUGGCAUUCAUGGAAGGAUCGAAUGGUCAAAGGUUCUCCAUCCAUUCUAAGCAGUCUCUGGGUGUGGCAAGCCUUAAAGAUGGAUGGUUAGAGAUUAUGCUUGACCGUCGUUUGACGAGGGAUGAUGGACGUGGCCUAGGGCAAGGAGUGACUGAUAAUCGUGUAAUGAACGUUGUUUUCCAUACCCUUAUUGAGUCUAAUGUUUCGUCCAAAUUAAAUCCUGUUCCCAAUCACUCUUCUUUAAGUGCUUCUCUUCUUUCGCAUUGUGUCGGUGCUCGCUUGAACUAUCCGUUGCACACAUUUAUUGCAAAGAAACCGCAGCCUUCAUCUGUGCAGCCACCUCCAAGAUCUUUCUCUCCUUUAGCAGCUCCUUUGCCAUGUGACUUGCAUAUCGUCAGCUUUAAGGUUCCUCGUCCUCUGAAAUACUCUCAGCAAUCGCCCGAAGAUCCUCGAUUUAUUUUAAUAUUUCAUAGGAGGCACUGGGAUUCAUCAUACUGCAAGACAGCCAGAUCAAAUUGUACUAGGUUUGCUGACGAACCUUUCAACAUGUUCAACAUGUUUAAGUCGUUCGUGGUAUCGAAUGCACGGGCUACUUCACUAAAUCUGUUGCAUGAAGACACAGAAAUGCUCGGAUAUAAUGAACAAUCUGGUGAUGUUGCUCAUGAAGGGCAGCUGCAUAUCCCUCCCAUGGAACUACGAGCGUACAAGUUGGAAGUGCAGCCACGUUAAUAAAUGCAAAAAUCCCACUUUCUAUAGAUUUAACGAUGCUAAUACGCAUCCAUGAAGAACAGAUUCCCGAGUCCGAGAUCGUUCAGUUGAGCAGAGUCAUCUAAAGCCAUGUAAAGAUACCAGAAUCAGGGGUAUGCCGACUAUUUCUGGAGUGGCUAACACGAUUUCUUAUUUUAGCCUUUUGAAUUGUCAGGUCUCACACUCGGAACGAUCUAGCCACAGGUUUUUCCUUCGCUUGGAUUGACAUUGAUCUGAUGGAAGGUUGAAGUAAUCUGGGGGGCUGAGGAAUCUUCCAUUUUCAGAACUACACAUUUUGAUGAUGUUUAGAAAUAUAGAACAGACUAGUUUGAAAGUAAUGAUCAAAUAGUGAGUUGUAAUUGUCUUCUUUAGAAUUUUGCUCUGAUUUCUCCUCUUUAUUAUCUGAACGAACUCACUGAUUCUGUUUGUAUUUGGAGUUGGAAGCAGUUAAUUCAACCGUUAAUUUUGUUUGUAA